AUGCGUGUACCAAAAGGAGCGCCGCUAACGUUAAACCUGCGGCUACGACAAGCCCUACCCUUCUUCAAUCGCUUCAACCAGAUUCCACUCGGCACUUGGGCUGUUGUAUCCGUCGUGACGAUCACAGGACUCGGCUUCUUCGCAGUCGGCGUUUAUCCGAAGCUCAACCACGACUACUAUGCGGAGGCGCAGGCCCGGGAAAGAGCGCUGAUUGAUGCAACGAAAGAAGAAUUAGCGCAAGGCCAGAAUGUAUGGAGGGAUCCGUUUGAGAGGAAGGAGAAGAAA